CCAAGGCGUGAGAAUGCCCCACCUUGCUCCGGACCUGAGGUCGGUAUGGGAUGUGGGGUCGAUUGAUCUACUUCUCAGUUCUCGAAGGGCGCUUUUAUUUCAUCAAUCGUUUCUUUCUUCUGUCCGUUGACGUGUGCCUUUCAAUUUUACAUACGCCGUUGGUCGAAGCGUAACCGCAACCCCGGUUUUCCUCCACGCCCUACGCACGAGCAAUAUCCGCAGACACGAUGCCUGCGCAAACAGAAGACUACCAGAAGAUCUUCCACUGGGCGGAGACGCAGAAAGAUGGCACGAUUCCUUCCUUCGCCACGAGGAAGAACGACCCUUAUGAGUACCAGUCAGGGUUCAACAACUCGUUCGAAAGCGAGGCCGUUCCGGGCACGAUUCCUCACGGACAAAAUAGUCCGCGAUGCGUCAGAUUCGGACUUUAUGCUGAGCAGAUGACCGCUACUGCCUUCGUUGCGCCGAGACAUAUGAACAAGAAAGCAUGGCUGUACAGAGCUCGGCCGGCGGUUGCUCAUCAGGGAUUUACUGAACUCCCGGACAACGAAGAUACCGAAGCGUGCUUUAUUCCCAUCAACAAGCGCGUCCACAUCUCGCCGACGCAGCUUGCGUGGCUGCCGUUUGAUAUCCCCACGGAUGGCGACAUCGACUUUGUCUCCGGGCUCAAGACGAUUGCUGGGUCCGGUGACCCCACGCUGCGCGAGGGGCUGGCAGUACACACCUUCCUCUGCAACAAGUCGAUGGAGAGGCGCGCGACCGUGAACUCGGAUGGCGAUUAUCUGAUUGUGGCGCAGCAAGGCGCCCUAGACAUCCAGACCGAGUUCGGCAUGCUGUAUGUGCAGCCCGGCGAGAUAUGCGUGAUCCAGCGCGGCCAGCGGUUCAAGGUGAAGCUGCCCGAUGGUCCGACGCGCGGAUAUAUCCUGGAAAUCUGGGGAUCAAACUUCCAAUUGCCUGAGCUAGGACCCCUCGGCGCCAACGGCCUCGCCAACGCCAGGGACUUCCUCCACCCGGUCGCGAAAUACGAAAUCGAGCAGGAGCCGUGGGAAAUCAUCUACAAGCUCGGCGGCAAGUUCUUCAAGAGCACGCAGCAGCACUCGCCCUUCGACGUCGUGGCCUGGCACGGAAACUACGUCCCGUACAAGUACGACCUGACCAAGUUCGUCAACGUCGGCUCGAUCUCGGUCGACCACAUCGAUCCGUCCAUCUUCUGUGUUUUGACCGCGCCCUCGCGCGAUCCUACUGCUCCGCUUGCGGACUUUUUGAUCUUCUCACCGAGAUGGGAUGUAGCGAGCCACACGUACCGGCCGCCGUACUACCACAGGAACGCCGCGUCCGAGCUCAUGGGCCUCAUCUACGGCGAGUACGCCGGGCGAUCCGACGAAUUCCAACCCGGCGGCGUAUCAUUCGAAUGCGGCUUCGUCCCCCACGGCGUCGCGUACGAAGAAUUCAAAGCCGCGAGCGCGGAACCCCCGCCCGAGAUGCGCAUCUCCAAGGACGCGAUUGCCUUUAUGAUGGAGAGCUCGCGCCCGUUUACUAUUACCGACUGGGCGUGGAAUAGUGAAAAGAAGCAUGAGCAUGAGCCGAAGAUGUGGGAUAACCUCGUGGAUAACUUUAGCAAGCAUAAGGAGGAGGUGGAGAGGCUUUUGAGCGAGGGCGUGAAGAAGAUGGGGGUUGCGAAUGGGCAUUGAUUGAGAGGGCUGUAGUGGUGGUUUGUUUGGGAGGGAGGGGGAGGGAUUGUGAGCUAGCUGGCUAGCUAGCUGAUGUGGAUUGG